CUACUCCUUUGCUCCUAUAUAAAUCCGUUAUCCUCUGUUCUUCCUCUGCCUUUUCUCUCUGUUUCCUCCUCUGAAAUCCCUGAGUCAUGUCAAUCCCUAACAAAUAUUUCGACUUGUCUAAUGGUACCUUUAGUGUCAAAGGUGUGCCUUUGCUCUCUGAAGUCCCCACCAAUGUCUCUUUCAGUCCACUUUCUUCAAUCUGUCAAUCCUCUGAUGCUCCACUUCCCCUGCUCCAGCGUCUCCUUUCUCUGUCUCACAAGGGUGGAUUUCUUGGAUUCUCUAAGGAUGAGCCAUCUGAUAGGUUGAUGAACUCCUUGGGUAGUUUCACUGGUAGAGACUUUCUAAGCAUCUUUAGGUUCAAAACAUGGUGGUCUACCAUGUGGGUGGGUAAUAGUGGCUCAGAUUUACAAAUGGAGACCCAAUGGGUGCAGUUUGAUGUCCCAGAGAUAAGUUCUUAUGUUAUAAUCAUACCCAUCAUUGAAGGAGGUUUUAGGUCUGCUCUUCAUCCUGGCUCUGAUGGGCAUGUCAUGAUUUGUGCAGAGAGUGGUUCAACCCAAGUGAAAGCAUCAAACUUUGAUGCAAUUGCUUAUGUUCAUGUGUCUGACAAUCCCUACAACUUGAUGAAAGAGGCCUAUAGUGCUGUUAGGGUCCAUCUCAAUACAUUUAGGCUCUUAGAAGAGAAAACAGUCCCUAAUAUUGUUAACAAAUUUGGGUGGUGCACUUGGGAUGCCUUCUACUUGACUGUAGAGCCUGCUGGUAUUUGGCAUGGAGUAAAUGAUUUUGUCGAAGGUGGUGUCUCGCCGCGGUUUCUCAUCAUUGAUGAUGGCUGGCAAAGCAUUAAUUUAGAUGGUGAGAACCCGAAUGAGGAUACCAAAAAUCUUGUUCUUGGUGGGACUCAAAUGACAGCUAGGCUUCAUAGACUUGAUGAAUGUGAGAAGUUCAGAAAAUACAAGGGUGGUUCCAUGUUGGGUCCUGAUGCUCCUUCAUUUGAUCCAAAGAAACCAAAGAUGCUAAUAUCAAAGGCAAUUGAGUUAGAGCAUGCUGAAAAAGAUCGUGACAAGGCAAUCCAAUCUGGAGUUACUGAUUUGUCUGGGUUUGAAGCCAAAAUUCUAAAGUUCAAACAGGAGUUGAAUGAGAUGUUUGGUGGAGAAGAAAGCAGCAAUGUUUCGAGCCAAGAAGGCUGUGGGAGCUUUUCUUGCAAGGCUGAAACAUAUGGAAUGAAAGCUUUCACAAGGGAUUUGAGAGCAAAGUUCAAAGGUUUGGAUGAUAUUUAUGUGUGGCAUGCUCUUUGUGGUGCAUGGGGUGGUGUUAGGCCUGGUUCAACCCAUCUUAGUGCAAAGGUGAUUCCAUGCAAAGUCUCUCCUGGGCUCGAUGGGACAAUGACCGAUCUUGCUGUGGUGAAGAUCGUCGAAGGUGGGAUCGGGCUUGUUCAUCCUGAUCAAUCCGAGGAUUUCUAUGACUCUAUGCACUCCUACCUUGCCAAAGUUGGUAUUACAGGAGUGAAAGUUGAUGUCAUUCAUACUCUUGAGUAUGUGUCCGAAGAAUAUGGAGGCCGGGUGGAGCUUGCAAAGGCUUAUUACAAAGGGCUGACAAGUUCUAUUUCCAAGAACUUUAAAGGAAAUGGACUCAUCUCCAGCAUGCAACAAUGCAAUGACUUCUUCUUCCUUGGGACAAAUCAAAUUUCUAUCGGAAGAGUCGGCGAUGAUUUCUGGUUCCAAGAUCCAAAUGGGGAUCCAAUGGGAGUGUAUUGGCUACAAGGUGUACAUAUGAUUCACUGUGCCUAUAACAGCAUGUGGAUGGGGCAGAUCAUACAACCUGAUUGGGAUAUGUUCCAAUCAGACCAUUUGUGUGCCAAGUUCCAUGCAGGAUCAAGGGCCAUUUGUGGCGGUCCGGUCUAUGUGAGUGAUUCUGUGGGAGGUCAUGAUUUUGAUCUAAUUAAGAAGCUUGUGUAUCCUGAUGGUACCAUUCCCAAGUGCCAGCAUUUUGCUCUCCCAACAAGAGACUGCCUCUUCAAGAACCCUCUUUUUGACCAGAAGACCAUUCUCAAAAUUUGGAACUUCAACAAGUAUGGAGGUGUAAUUGGAGCAUUCAACUGCCAAGGGGCUGGUUGGGACCCCAAGGAGCAAAGGAUCAAGGGCUACUCUCACUGCUACAAGCCAAUGUCUACAACAGUGCAAGUCUCUGACAUCGAAUGGGACCAGAAGAUAGAGGCAGCCCAAAUGGGUAAUGCUGAAGAGUACAUAGUAUACCUCAGUGAGGCCCAAGAGUUGCUUUUCGUGACUCACGAAUCUGAUGCAAUACAGGCCACUAUCCAACCAUCUUCAUUCGAGAUUUUCAGCUUUGUGCCAGUUGAGAAGUUGGGCCACUCCAUCAAAUUUGCCCCAAUUGGGCUAACAAACAUGUUUAACAGUGGGGGUACCAUUCAAGAAUUGGAGUACAUUAACUGUGACAGUGGGGCUGAGAAUAAUAAGAGUGUGAAAAUAAAAGUUAAGGGUGAUGGGAAUUUCUUAGCAUACUCAAAUGCAUCUCCAAAGGAAUGCUACUUGAAUGGUGCUGAAGUGGCCUUUGAGUGGUUGGCUAUUGCUAGUGCUAAUGGUGGCACACUGACCUUGAAUCUUCCUUGGGUUGAAGAGGCUGGUGGCAUUUCUGAUGUUGUUUUUGUAUUCUGAAGCUAAUUUUUAUCAUGUUUUUUUAGGGAUUAAUCAGGGUAAAAAAAAUUUGAGACUUUGAGUGCCAUGGCUGGCAUUUAAUUGAAUAAGUUAA